AUGGGAUUUCCCCUCUGGAAUUUUGGGAAAAUUCUGGCCCCCUCCAGGGGUGACAGAGGUGGCACCUGCCCAGCCCCUCCAGGGGUGACAGAGGUGACAGAGGUGGCACCUGCCCUUCACCUGCGGGGUGGCAGCUCCGCCUCCCCUCGAGGGUUAAACCCAAACCAGCCCCGGGGCAAAGAAUUCCCAAAGGUUUUUUGGGAAAAGCAAGAAAAUUCCCCAUUUUCCACCAGGGAAUAUUCCCCGUUUUCAACCAGGAAAAUCCCCAAUUCCCACCAGAGAAAUUCCCAUUUUCAACCAGGAAAAUCCCCAAUUCCCAGCAGGAAAAUUCCCCAAUUCUCACCAGAGAAAUUCCCAUUUUCCACCAAGAAAAUUCCCCAUUAUCCACCAAGAAAAUUCCCCAUUUUCCACCAAGAAAAUAUCCCACUUUCCACCAGGGAAAUUCCCCAAUUCUCACCAGGAAAAUUCCCCAUUUUUCACCAGGAAAAUCUCCAUUUUCCUCCAGGGAAAUUCCCCAAUUCUCACCAAGAAAAUUCCCAUUUUCCACCAAGAAAAUUCCCAUUUUUCACCAAGAAAAUUCCCCAUUUUCCACCAAGAAAAUAUCCCACUUUCCACCAGGAAAAUUCCCCAAUUCUCACCAGGAAAAUUCCCCAAUUCUCACCAGGAAAAUUCCCCAAUUCUCACCAGGAAAAUUCCCCAAUUCUCACCAGGAAAAUUCCCCAUUUUUCACCAGGAAAAUCUCCAUUUUCCACCAGAGAUAUUCCCAAUUCUCACCAGGAAAAUUCCCAUUUUCCACCAGGGAAAAUUCCCAUUUCCCCCUUCCUGCUGCUGCUGCUGCUGCACUCCCGAAUCCUCCCUGGGGAUUUGGGGGAUUUUGGGAUUUUGGGGGAUUUGGGGGCUCCUCCUGCCCCUCAGGAGCUUUGGGGAUUUUUGGGGAUUUUGGGAUUUUUGAGGCUCCUCCUGCCCCUCGGGGGCUUUGGGGAUUUUGGGGGAUUUUGGGGGUUUUUGGGAUUUUGGGGGCUCCUCCUGCCCCUCAGGAUGAGUCUCUAAGUUGGAAAUUCUCCCAGCACCAGCAGGACCCAAACUGGUCCCAAACUGGUCCCAAACUGGGCCGGAUUUUGGGCAGUUUUGUGUCCCUAGAAUAAAAAGUGAAGCCUUGAGCUCCUGCUGCUCACCCCAGCCCUGCUCCGGGGGGGAAUUGUCACCUCCAGCCCGGCCUGG